AACAUCUCGCCGUUCCCUCCUUUCACGUGCGUUUCCGUCCGACGAUGAACGCCGUGCAGACUCCGACUCCGCUCCGCUCUCUCCCGUCCGUUCUUCCCCUCUCCCGGCCGGGCCACCGUCCGCGGCCUCCGCAGCCGCCGCCGCCGCCGAAGGCCAUGAGGGUUUCGAUGAGGGACCGGAGCAAGAACCGGAAGCCGCUCCAGCGGGGGAGGAGCCUCAGCAUCGAGGCCAUCCAGGCCGUGCAGGCGCUGAAGCGGGCGAGCGGCAAGGGCCCGCGGUCGCUCGAGCUGGCCCGCCGCUCCACCUUCGGGCGCCUCCUGAAGCGCGACAUGGUCGAGGUGCUCCGCGAGCUGCUCCGGCAGAGCCGGUGCGACCUGGCCCUCAAGGUUUUUGAAGAUAUUCGGAAGGAGUACUGGUAUAAGGCUCAAGUACUGUUGUAUGCUGAAAUGUUUUCAGUCUUUGCUGGCAAUGGAUUGUUUGAGGAUGUUAAACUUCUUUACCUGUAUCUGAGAACAGAAGAUAAUAUUGAGCCUCAUCUUGAGGGGUUCAAUAGUGUCUUGAGAACCUUCAUAAGUUUUAGUCUCGUUGAAUUGGCAACAGACUGCUAUUAUUUCAUGAAAGAAAUAGGAUGUGAACCAGAUAGGUCCUCCUUUAGGAUUCUUAUAAAUGGUCUUGAAUCAAUGGGUGAACAGGUUGCAUCAGCUAAGCUAAGAGAGGAGGCUCAAAAGUAUUAUGGGGAUCUGGAGUUUUUGCAGGAGACUGAAGAGAUGAUACGCCAAUCUUGAUCAUACUUAUCACUGUAGAAAGAGUUGAAAAGGCCAUGUCUGCUGUGCCUUCAUCUUCAGUUUCGACUGAAACUAAGGGUUUUGUCGAAAAGAUGAAAAGGAAGUCGAGUGGUACAUAUCUCUCAUGUGUUGUACAUUCUAGAAACUUAAUGGCAGUUCAACGUAAUAUACCAAUAUAUUUGAUUUUUCGUAGAAAAUGACUGAUAUUUGCACUA